AUGUCGUCGGAGGAUAUUGUCUAUCACGCCAAAGCCCCCAUCAAAGAGGGUCUCCAGGCCGGAACCAUCGGUGCCGGAAUCGGUCUUCUCGUCUCUGCCGUCCAGAACUCUAUCGGAACACACUCUCACGGAGCCACCGGUGUUGUUGCACGAACUGGAAGCACCAUCGGAGUCUUUGCCGCUAUGGCCGGUGUCUUUGCUGCUACUGAUGCUGCUGUUGCCAACAUUCGCGAGACCAAGGAUGCCUGGAACUCUGUUGCUGCCGGAUGCGGCGCAGGAUUGGUUGCUGGUGGAUUCCAGCGCAACGCUCAGACCAUGGUUUUCGGAUGCUUGGGUAUGGGUGCUAUGAUGGGCGCCUUUGAUCUCAGUGGAUCAUCUCUCAAGGGCAAGUACGCUGACAUGACCGAAGAUCAGAAGGCGCAAUGGAGAAAGAGCCAAUUGGACACCAAGUAA